UAAAUGAGCCGCAAACGAGCGAUAUACCGACCGAACAGCCAGUCCCGCGUCGCCCCGCGUGAUUAUCGAGGCGCUUCGGGCGUGUUUUUUUUUUUCUUUUCUCGCUCAAACGCACGCGUUCGUGUUCGAGUGAAGCGCGCACUCAAAAAGGCGGAAGUGAGGAGCGUCCAUUUCCGUCGAAGUGCCCUUCGUCCUGGACACUAGUCCACUUCGCGGCGCGAGCCGGCGAGACUUUGAGAGAUGGAUCACGCGCUGUACGUGGUGCAGACGGCGCCCGAGGACCGCGCAGACGCCGUGAUGCACUCAGACUUCACGUACAGGUUGUCUGAGGCUGAACUGGUUAAGUUUGUGAGGUUACGUGCUGCUAACGAUGCCCUCUUUACGGGGAAGAGAAACACUUCAGUCAUUGCUUGGAGGGCCAUCUUGAAGGAGAUGGGGAUACAGAGGAGGAUGUCCACAAGUCAGGCGAGAAAGAAAUGGGAAAAUCUCAAGAAGAAGUACAAGGAAAUGAAGAACCCUCCGCCAGGGGUCUCGGUCAACCCCACCAACUGGCAGUGGUUCUCCCUGAUGGAGGACGCCAUUGAAGGCAGGCUGAACAACAGCGAAGAGCUCCUGUCCACGGCGUCCCUCGGUGACGACUGUGACUACCGCCCCGACAAGCCCCGCAAGCGGACGCAUGAGCCGUACCGCAGUGAGAUCGAGCUCCUCGUGGAGGGCGACGACAUCGCGCUGUCGGACGGAGCGUCGCAGGAGCGUGCGGACGCCGGCAGCGACCGCGACGAUGUGGAGCAGGAGCGGUCGCUCCUGGAGAGGGAACGGGCCGCACUGGAGAGGGAGCGGAUGGUGAUGGACCGGGAACAGGCGGGGCUCGAGAGGGAGCUGGCCGCGCUGCAGCGGGAGAGAGCAUCCCUGGAGAGGGAGAAGGCAGCUGUGGAGAGAGAGAGAGCCUCCGUGGAACACCAGCGAGCGCAGCUGGAGAAAGAGCGGGCAGAGAUGGACCGGGAGAGGGCCAGGCUGGACCGGGACAGGGCCGCCCUGGAGAGACAGCGCCGGGGCGGCAUGAGCGACGGGUCCCACGGAGACGACCAGCUGGCAGAUGUGGAAAUGGAACCGGCGUCUAUCGAGAGGAGGCAAAAAUUCCUCGACCUCUUCGAAAAGCUCAUAGAGAACUUUUAAAUAGUGUCGGACAAUGCGGAGUUCCGUUUUUCCUCUACAGGUCCUCAGGCAGGAGAUGCUGUUUGCUCUGCUGUAGCGCUAUUUGGCGGAGCCAGAAGGCUGCGAGUUCGGACGUAUCGGCUGCCUUGUCGUCCUGAGCACAAACAGAUGUGAUGUUUUAAGCAUUUUGAGCGCUGUCCCGUGGAAUAAUCUUUCAACAUUUGAGCUAUCUCUCCGCUCAGCUUAAAAGAUCAAUGAAGACGUUAAGCCACCUGUUUUGGAGAGAGGUCUCCAAGACAACUUUAUUUAAUUGUGGUAUUUCCAUACAAAGCACACAAUGCCUUGCUAGUAUCUAGCCCCACCCCCUUACCCAGUGCCCUCACACAGUACAAUAACUUUAAAGUGUUCAUUUAAAAGGCUGUUAAUCAUGGUCUAAACAACAUUUUAAAAAGUUAUAUACCAAAUAUUGCAGU